AUGAAAGCAUUUCUAAAAAAGGAUAAAUUAUUUUUCGCGACGACCAUCCUUAUAAUACUCAUUUGUGUGGGUUUCGUAAUACGUUUUUCUGGCUUUAACCAUGAGAAACAGAAGAUAAUCUCGAUUCUGGUGAACGUGUUUAUGGUGACUGUAAUGCUAUUCCUUGUUGCUGAUACAAUCAAAUUCCUGCUGUUGGCGAUUGAUGAGGCCUUCUGGCCGCGCAAGUUGUCUGCCUUCACCACGGAUAGUGAGGCAAAACUCCACACUCGCACGGAUUACCUAAAGAUGCGGCUAAAUUCGUUGCGCUAUCGGCUGCUGGUAACGGAGGAUCAUCGGAACGAGAAACUGAAUUUGAGAUAUCAGAAUAUUGCACACGAUCUGUGGCUAUAUGGGAAGUAUUUCUUCCUACUGAUGUGCCUGGUGCUGGUGACCCAAGACGAAUUGCUCUACUUCAAUAGCAACGUACUGAAUGACUUUUUUAUGAACAAUCACACGUACACCAUGGGACUGAAACAUGUGAAUAGACUCGAUCAACUCUAUCCGUUCAUUGAGAUCUCACUUGUGAAGGCCUUCGAAACGAAUGCCACCAACAUAGGAAAUCUUAAUAUUUUGUAUGGCGAUCACACUAGCAUGUUGGGAGUGGUGCGACUGCGUCAGCUGCGCAGAAAAGAAAAUUCGCACACGGGCUGGAAACCAGUCGAGUUUUCAAGUCUCGACUAUAAGCCCAAAUGGAAGUUACCUUAUGAACGAAUAUCAUACACAGACAAAUAUUGGCGCAUCUAUGAGCCCUGGCUGCCCAUUAGUCCGACUUACAGUAGAACCGAUAAGUUUUUUUUCAACUAUAACUAUCCCGGUUAUUUACAGAGCUAUCCGGAGAUGGAGGGCUAUGUAACACUGCUCUCAAACAGCUAUGACAAUAGUAUGAGGGUGAUUGAAUACCUCCAGGAGAAGCAUUGGCUUACGUGGAAAACAACGGCAGUUUUCAUGGAUUUUACUCUCUUCAAUGCCGAUGCGAAUAUCUUCACCAUAUGCACUUUACUCGUGGAACAAACGCCCUUUGGGACUAUUCUGUCCAACGCAAGGAUAAUCAGUGCAAAACUGCAUUUCGUUGCGCAGCUGGGAAAAGGUGGCCUCAUCGUACUGAUCAUCUACAUAAUUGUGGUCAUACAAUUCUUCAAGGCUUUGGUUAUGGUGAUAUGGUAUGAGCCGAUCAAGCUGCGCAGCAUGUGGACCAAGUUGGAUUUGAUUAUCUUUGUGCUCAACAUCACAGUGAUUAUUUUAGUAAGCGUACAGGAAUUUAUGGUAUCGCAGCUGCUUGCAAAGGUCGAGAGUUCCAGCAAACUCGAGUUUCUUGACUUCCGUAUGCCUACCCGCCUGCAUGAAUGGACCCGCAACAUGCUUGGCUUUCUUGUCUGCCUUACCACCAUGCGUUUGUGGCGUGUGCUGCAGUUUGCCAGCGUCUUUCAACUAUUCGCUUCCACGUUGUACUCAGCGUGGCAGGCGCUGGCUAGUACUGCCAUGAUAAUUCUAACAUUUUUAGUGGGGUUCGGUAUUGCAGUUGUCACUAUAAAUGGAAACAAUGCGGAUAGCUUUAGCCAGCUGUUCAAGAGUAUUAUAUCGUCGUUGUGCUUUUCUUUUGGCUUCAGCUCACAAAUCACGCCAAAUGAUCUAUUUUAUGGUGGUCGGUUGCUGGGCUUGGUUUUAUAUCUAAUUUUGGCAUUUUUCGUUGCCUUGCUGAUGACAAAUCUAUUUGUUUCAAUAAUUAACGAUUAUUUUUCGCGUGCAAAGCGUAUGCGAGAUGAGAAACAUGAAGAAAAUAUUAACUUUCUGCAAUUCCUGAGAGUCGAAUACGCCGCCAUAUUUAAAUUCUUUCAAAGGAUGGCAAUUUUCAAAAUGGCCUACAAGCGGCAUAACCGCACAGUUGCCGAGAACAUAAAACGUAUUUUGGACCACAAAGUGAAAUUGAAAGCAUCCGAAAAAUCCGAAAGCAUUAAGCACGCUGAGUAUAAGCGUCGUAUUGAACGACUGUUCACUGUUGCGGCUAUCAUGCAGACCCAAAUGGAACUACUUGACCACAUGCUAUUCGAAGCUGAAAAUGUCUAAUUAGAUCCAACGGAUGACGUUGAAGAAGGCUAUUUCAUUUCUUUGAUAUUU